AUGGCUACUUGCGGCAACCCUAAUUGGCAGGACGCGCAAUGGGCUUUUUAUCGGUAUCAGCCUUCAGCAACGGCGGCAGCUGUUUUCAGCGUACUCUUUGGCAUCACUCUUGUCACCCAUGUCGCCCAAAUAUAUAUAACGAGAACUUGGUAUCUCCUUGCGCUCGUCAUUGGAUGUACAUGUGAAUGCAUUGGUUACAUCAGCCGAAUUAUAAGCGGCCAAGAGGAUCCCGGAUGCUGGAGCCUCGGUCCUUAUAUCAUACAAAGCUGCCUCAUUCUUAUUGGACCGACACUCAUGGCUGCAUCGAUCUAUAUGAUUCUUGGUCGUAUCGUUGAGUUGACGGAUGGAGAGUCAUACGUCCUCAUUCGACGACGGUGGCUUACCAAGGUUUUCGUCGGCGGGGACGUUAUAUCACUAUUCUUCCAAUCAUCUGGAGGCGGUUUGAUGGUUAUAGGUGGUACUACCAGCACCAUUGGCAAAUAUCUAAUUAUCAUUGGUCUUUUUGUGCAGCUUGCUUUCUUUGGGGCCUUCGUCGUCCUCGCGGGCGUUUUCCACCACCGAAUGAGUAAAGCGCCUACUUCUCAAGCAAGUCUCCCCCAAGUUCGCUGGCAGCACUACCUAGUUACACUAUACGUGACAGGUGUUAUGAUUUGGGUGCGGAGUUUGUUUCGAGUUAUAGAGUACCUGCAAGGCAACGAGGGAACUUUAUCCAGGUCGGAGGUAUAUUUAUAUGUCUUUGAUGCCGCAUUGAUUCUCAUAGCAAUGCUUUGGAUGAAUUGGUACCACCCUAGCGAGAUUGGUGUUCUCCUUCGGGGACAGGAACCAAAAGAAAAUGGAAUAGAACUUUUAGCUGGGGGAUUUUCCGGAAUGAAGCAAAGGCGCAGAAUUUUAGAUCCGGAUGAGAAAUAA